UUCUUAGCCCAGGCGUAGUCAUUUGGCUCGUUCAUGCCAGCAUAAGUUGAGAAGAAAAAAGCCACUCUUUGAAUCUCAGUCAAAGAGUCUAUCGAAUUUACACCUCAAGGGAUUUCUUACUUUUCUUCUCUUAUUGAUUGUUGACUUUUUUACCUUUUCGACUCUUGUCUUUUAAUAACUCAUCUUUAUUGAAAAACGUGCUGUAAAAAUACUAAAGGUAGAAAGUAGAAGAAGAGCAUACAUAGAUUCUACCUAUUUCGUUAAAUAAAUCCAGACAACAACCUUCAGACAAACGAUUAAAGAAUGUUUUUGUACAAUAUCACCAUCAAUCCAGCGACAGCCAUCAAUCAAGCGAUUCACGGCAAUUUCUCGGGCACCAGACAACAAGAAAUUAUUGUAGCGCGACAAACACGCUUAGAAUUACUACGACCUGAUGCUAACACUGGCAAAGUACACACAGUUCUUUCACAUGAAUGUUUUGGUUUAAUACGUAGUUUAGCACCUUUCCGAUUGACAGGUGGUAGCAAAGAUUAUGUAGUUGUUGGAUCUGAUUCAGGACGCAUUGUCAUCUUGGAAUAUAACCCUACCAAAAAUAUCUUUGAGAAAGUGCAUCAAGAAACAUUUGGUAAAACAGGUUGCCGUCGCAUUGUGCCCGGUCAAUAUUUAGCAGCUGAUCCAAAAGGUCGUGCUGUCAUGAUCGGUGCUGUCGAAAAGCAAAAGUUAGUCUACAUUUUGAAUCGCGAUUCAGCUGCCAACUUGACUAUUUCUUCACCGCUCGAAGCGCAUAAAAGCCAUGUCAUUCACCAUCAUAUGGUAGGCGUUGAUGUAGGUUUCGAAAAUCCUGUCUUUGCUUGUUUGGAAGUGGAUUAUUCUGAUGCCGAUACCGAUCCUACCGGACAAGCAGCAAAAGAUGCAGAAAAGACAUUGACUUAUUAUGAACUGGACUUGGGUUUAAAUCAUGUUGUAAGAAAAUGGAGCGAGGUGGUAGACCGUAAAGCCAAUUUACUCAUACCAGUGCCUGGAGGGAAUGAUGGUCCUUCUGGUGUCUUGGUUUGUACUGAAAACUUCAUUUCCUACAAACAUCCUGAACACGACGAAUUCCGUAUUCCAAUUCCACGACGAGCUCAACCACUGGAAGAUCCUACCAGAGGCAUCAUGAUUGUCACUUAUGCAGUACACAAAAUGCGUGUGGACAAAAAGGCUCAAUUUUUCUUUUUAUUACAAUCCGAGGACGGCGACUUGUAUAAAGUGACCAUGGAUCAUGAUCAAGGCGCUAUUCAUGGUUUAACCAUCAAGUAUUUUGAUACCAUCCCCGUCGCCACUUCCCUAUGUAUUUUGAAGAGUGGUUUCUUAUUCGCUGCCAAUGAAUUUGGCAAUCAUCAUCAUUACUUCUUUGAGAGCUUGGGUGACGAUGAUGAUGACCCAGAAAUCUCUUCUGCAGAUUAUAUGGAGGCCGAAGCAAAUCAGGACGAAAUCCCGCUUGUUUACUUCAAACCACGACCUUUAAAGAACCUAUCCCUUGUCGAUGAACUCAAUUCCAUGGCACCCUUGAUGGACGCCAAGGUAUUGAACUUGGCAGACGAAGAGUCACCGCGUAUUUACUCUCUCUGUGGUAGAGGAUCGCGAUCUACUUUCCGUAUUCUCAACCAAGGAUUAGAAGCCGCCGAAUUAGCUGUGAGCGAACUUCCUGGUAAUCCCAGUGCUGUGUGGACCACAAAGCUGAAAGCGGAUGACGAUUUUCAUAAAUACAUCGUGGUAUCAUUUGCUAACGCAACACUUGUCUUGUCGAUUGGCGAGACCGUCGAAGAAGUACAGGACACAGGAUUUUCGACCAACGAACCUACACUAGCAGUGCAGCAAUUAGGACAUGAUGCUCUUGUUCAAGUGCAUCCAAGAGGGAUCCGUCAUAUACGUGCAGGCGGUCGAGUGAACGAAUGGAAGGUACCUCAGGGUUUAAAGAUCACUGGAGCCGCUACCAACAGUCGUCAGGUGGUGAUUGCUUUGUCCAACAGUGAGCUUGUCUAUUUCGAGCUCGACAACAUGGAUCAGUUGAAUGAACACCAAGAGCGUAAAAGGAUGACGUCUGUUGUGUCUGCUUUGUCUUUAGAUGAUGUUCCUGAAGGCCGUCAACGCUCACGUUAUCUCGCGGUCGGUUGUGAAGAUCAGACAGUGCGUAUUUUGAGCUUGGACCCUGAUAACUGUUUAGAAGCCGUAUCGAUGCAGGCUCUUCAAGGCGUUCCUUCCAGCUUGUGUAUAGUAGAAAUGAUGGAUACAGGUGUAGAAGCAGGACAUGGCACCACCUAUUUGAAUAUCGGUUUAUCCAACGGCAUCUUGCUUCGCACCGUUUUGGACACCAUUACAGGCCAAUUGUCAGAUACGCGUACACGAUUCCUAGGAGCAAAGAGUGUUAAACUAUUCAAAAUGAAGAUCCAAGGGCAUCCUGCCGUUUUGGCUUUAUCCACAAAGCCAUGGGUCAGUUACACAUUCCAAAAUCGUCUCUAUUUGACACCCCUCAGUUACGAGAUGUUGGAAUACGGUAGUGCGUUCAUUAGUGAACAAUGCCCCGAAGGUGUCGUUGCCGUCGCAGGAAACACAUUGAGAAUCUUCACGAUCGAAAAGCUGGGUAAUAUCUUUAACCAAAUUGCCAUUCCUCUAAGGUACACACCGAGAAGUUUUGCCCUUCACGCGCCUACGAAUACAUUUGUGAUUGUGCAGAGUGAUCAUGCCACCUUUUCCCCGGAAGAAAAAAUCAAGGGACUCAAGGAGAAAGAGCAGGAAGGGUUUGAAAUUGAUCCUGAGAUUACAGACCUUGACGUGUUGCAAUUUGGUCACGUCCGUCAUGCUCCCGGUAAAUGGGCAAGCUGUAUUCAAUUAGUGGAGCCUUUCCAAGGCACCAUUGUGCAAACCAUCGAACUCGAAGAAAACGAAGCCGCUUUCAGUAUUGCUAUGGUACAAUUCCGUACCAAUCCUCACGCAGCAGAUCCAUCAGAGCAGUUUGUCGUGGUAGGUACAGGACAGAACGUCAAACUCCAACCACGGUCAGCUACUGCGGGUUAUUUGCGUGUCUAUCGCAUCGUACAAAAUCAAGAAACCGGUGCACUGCAACUUGACUUUAUCCAUCGCACACCGGUCGAAGAUGUACCGCAUGCUCUCUUGGCUUUCCAGGGCCGUUUGCUCGUCGGUGUAGGCAAAGCGCUCCGAAUUUACGAUAUAGGUAAAAAGAAAAUGUUGAGAAAGUGUGAAACAAAGACAUUGCCCAACUGCAUUGUGGGUUUACACACACAAGGUCAUCGUGUGAUUGCUACCGACAUACAAGAAUCAGUACAUUAUGUGAUCUAUAAACAUACGGAUAAUCGAUUAGUCGUCUUUGCUGAUGAUACAGUGCCCCGCUGGAUGACAGCGUCGACGAUGGUUGACUAUGAGACAGUAGCCGGUGGGGAUAAAUUCGGUAAUUUCUUUGUGAAUCGUCUGCCGCAAUCGGUCUCGAACGAAAUUGAUGAAGACACAACGGGUAACCGUAUCUAUCAUGAAAAAGGAUAUUUACACGGCGCUCCUUACAAGGUUGAAAGCCUGUGUGAAUAUUUCACUGGCGAUAUUAUCACAUCGAUCCAUAGAACAGCAUUAUUAUCAGGUGCACGUGAAGUGCUUUUAACGACAUCACUACUAGGUUCCAUUUCCGUGUAUAUUCCUUUUGUUUCCAAAGAAGAUGUUGAAUUUUUCCAAAUGCUUGAAAUGCAUAUGAGAGCAGAAGCUGCACCCCUUGCUGGACGAGAACAUUUACUUUAUAGAAGCUAUUACAUACCCGUAAAAUCAGUGAUUGACGGCGAUUUAUGUGAGCAAUUCAACUCAUUGCCUGCAGAAAAGAAGCGUGUGAUUGCUGAAGAACUCGAUCGAUCUGUAGCUGAUGUACAAAAGAAGAUUGAAGAUAUGCGUGUACGCUCAUCCUUUUAACCCAUAAAUCUAUCCAUAUCACGAUGAAAAUUUUAAUGCUCUAUUGAAAAAUAAUAAAAAAUCUCCUUUUGGGAAAUGGAAAAAAAAAAGAAAGAAAAAAGA